AUGGCACUUUCUAUUGAGCACGUUGCCUGGCUAGGGCUCUUUGGAGUUCUAAUCUGGGCGAUCCAGAUACUUUACCUGUCUCUUCGCCCAGGUCUUCGUGACUUGCCCGGGCCCUGGCUCGCACGAUACACUUCCUUAUGGCGUCUCAUGUUCGUAUUGAGCGGCAAGGCACCCGAAGCUUACCGAAAACUGCACGCGAAACACGGGCAAGUGGUGCGGACGGCCCCUAAGGUGGUAGACAUUUCAGAUCCGUCUGCUAUAUCCUUGAUUUAUGGAAUUGGGAGCAAGUUUAUCAAGUCUGAUUUCUACUGUUCCUUCGAUGUCAUGUACCAGGGCGAGUUCAUGUCGAGCAUGUUCACAACUCGAUCCCCUGAGGAACACAAGGCACUCAAGCGGCCAGUGGCACAGAAGUUCAGCAUGACCUCCAUCAAGACCCUCGAAUAUCUUGUUGACCCAUGCAGCGAGAUAUUCACAGCAAGCAUGAAGGAAAUGCAGGGUCAGGUGGUUGACCUCGGUGUCUGGCUGCAAUGGUACGCUUUCGAUGUCAUCGGAGCCAUAACCUUCUCGAAACGAUUCGGAUUCAUGGAAUAUCGCGAGGACGUCAAGAAUGUCCUGUCUGGGAUUGACCUGGGUCUUAGACUUGGUGGGAUCCUCGGACAGAUCCCGAUGCUCAAUCGAUUCUCGUUGGGAAGCAAGACAUUCCGCAACGUUUUACGUCGUUUCCCCGUUGGGGACCCGAUUGAUAUUGUCACAAAGAUGGUGUUGGAGGCCAUCAAGUCUUAUGACACACAAACAUCCACGACAGAUACUCGGACCGACUUCCUGGCAUACUUCCGGCAGCAACAAAAGUCCACGGGGGAAAUCAUGCCAGACAAAGAGUUGAUGAAUCAUCUGACCAAUAACUUGUUGGCCGGGAGCGACACUACCGGCAUCUCCCUAAGGGCCGUAUUUUACUAUCUCAUUCGGAAUGCAGAUAGUUACAAGAAACUUCAGAGAGAGAUAGAUGAUCUAGAUGAUGCAGGGAAACUCUCGCCAGUGAUCAGUUACGCCGAGAGUCUCCAGAUGGAGUAUCUCCAGUUGUGUCUAAAGGAAGCCAUGCGAAUGCAUCCAGGAGUGCAGUAUCCUCUCGAAAGAGUGGUCCCUCACGGAGGUGCCACCAUCAGCGGGCAUUUUCUACCAGAGGGCACCGUAGUGGGAGUAAAUGCUGCAGUCAUUCACCGGGAUCGCCAAAUAUUUGGCCAAGACGCGGAUGAAUUUCGGCCUGAGCGAUGGCUCUGUGAUGAAGAGAAGGCCAAAGUUAUGGAUCGCCACCUACUGACUUUCGGAGCGGGAGCGAGAACCUGUAUCGGAAAGAACAUUUCUAUUAUGGAAAUGGGAAAACUGGUUCCGCAGAUACUUCGACAGUUUGACCUGGAGUGGGCGUCGGAUGAGCCGGAGUGGAAGGUUGAGACUUUCUGGUUUGCCAAACAGACCGGCUUGCUCGUACGGUUCCGAGAGCGAUCCCGGAAGCUGCAAGCCGGCCUGGAAAAGGCAACCCUGUAG